AUGCAAACAAUCGUUCAUCCCUUAAAGUGCAAAGGGAACCAGCAACUCUGUGACAAUGACAGAGGGGUCUCGCUAUUCAACAUCGUCGGGAAGAUCUUCGCCCGCAUCCUCAUCAGUCGCCCCAACGGACACUUCUGCUGGAAAGCCAGUGUGGCUUUCGACGACACCGGGCACCACCGACACAGUGCUUGCUACCUGCCAGUUAAAAAACAGUGCCAGAAGAUGCAAACUCACCUCUACACUACCUCCUUAGACUUGACGAAAGCCUUCGAUACGGUAAAUUGUGAGGGGCUGCGGAAAAUCCUGCAGAAAUUCGGUUGUCCCGAACGAUUCACGCGCACGGUACGUCAGCUCUACGAGGGACUGAUGACCCUCGUCACCGACAACGGCGAUCUCCAAGGCAUUUGCGGUGACCAGUUAAGUGAAGCAGGGCUGCCUACCAUAUUUAGCCUCUCUGCCAUGCUGGGGGACGCCUACCGCUAUGAGCGCCUCGGAAUACGCAUCACCUACAGAAUUGGCGGACAUCAGGCUCAUGAAGGCCAUAAUGCACCCAUCUACGACCACCAUCCACAACCUGCUUUUCGCCGACGAUUUCGCGCUCCACACCACGACCAAAAAAGACGUGUAAUGGAGCUUGCGCCUCCUCUCCUCAACCACGGACAAGACGGUGGCCAUGCACCAGCCGUCAUUCAACACGCAACACAGCACUACUCCUCGAAUCAAUGUUGA